AUGGAACCUCUUUCUGCGCUCAGCAUCGCGACUGCCGUUGUUCAAUUUCUUGAUUUUGCAGGAAACAUUGUGACCAGCACCUGGGAGAUAUCGAAGUCGAGCUCCGGAGACUCUAACAGAAACUCCGAUUUGCGCGGGAUCACGCAGAAUCUCCAAGAGCUGAAUGGCACCCUCCGUCAAGCCGUCAACGACCCCAACCUGGUGCCCUUCUCCUCACAAGAUCAGGAAAUCGCGGACCUAUGCAGGAAAUGUAAUGAUGUCGCUGAAAAGCUUAUUGGCAUCUUGGAUCGGGUCCGGAGUAGCAGCAGGGACUCUACAUGGCCAAGCUUCCGGGCAGCCUUACGGACCAUGUGGAACCAAGACGAGGUCGACAAUCUACAGCGUACUCUUGACAGCUACAGACAGCAGAUAUCCAUGCUUAUAUUGGUUGCCAUGAGCUCAAAUUACGAACAGACCUCAACGACUCUGGCUGAAACCAAGCAUCUUUGCCAUCAGGUUUUGCUGGAGCUUGAUAAGAGUCAAGAGUUCCAGAACGAUGUUCUCGAUGCAAUCAAGAGGAGCUACAUGUUGGAUCCAAACGACAGGUCACGCACUACUAGCGACCAACUGAUCCACAUGCAAGGGGUACUUCGACAGGACGAAGCGACGUCCAUCAACAAGAGGCUGAUUCAUUCAUUAAGCUUUCGAGAGGUCAAGCAUCGUUAUGAGCAGAUCCCGCUUGCCUACCAAGAGACAUUUGAAUGGAUCUUCAAGACUCCUACUGAGCAAGUUCGAUGGGCCAACUUUCCCGAAUGGAUAGAAAGUAAUGAUCCUCUUUACUGGAUCACUGGCAAAGCCGGAGCAGGUAAAUCGACACUAAUGAAGUUCAUUUACGAUCAUCAGAAAACCAAAUCAGCACUAGAAGAUUGGGCAAAAGACGAUAAACUUCUGAAGGCAUCGUUCUUCUUCUGGAAUUCAGAUGCAAACAUCCAAAUGUCUCUGGAAGGAUUGGUCAAGACAAUACUUGCCCAAGUUCUGGAGCAAAUGCCUGAAUUGAUACCUGCUGUCUUUCCCCAUCGAGUGGAGGCGAGCAUCAUGUUCGGUCACCAUAUUUGGAAUCUGGAACCCUGGACAUGGGAAGAGCUAUUGCGUGGAUUCGAGACGAUGGUUAAAAGGGCGACGGAAAGGGCCAAACUAGCCGUCUUCAUAGAUGGCAUGGACGAAUUCAACGGACAGCCGGCUGACCUUGUUGAGUUCAUCAACAAGAUGGUCUCGUCGGAUAGCAACACAUCCCGCAUCAAGGUUUGCGCAGCAAGUCGUCCUUGGAUAGCUUUUGAAGAUGCCUUUAGAAACAAGCCGCAUUUGCAACUCGAGGAUUUGACCUCUGACGAUAUCAAAGUCUACGUCACCACGAGAAUGCAUGCUAAUCCAGGCUACAAAGUUCUGCAGGAGUGCGAUCCUGACACGUCGAAGCAACUGAUCGAUAAUAUCACCGCUAAAGCGUCUGGGGUUUUCCUUUGGGUAUAUCUUGUCACCAGGUCGCUAUUGGAUGGUCUCACUGAAGGUGAGCGGCUUUCUGAUCUCCAGAGGAGGCUCGAUGCGCUUCCCCGUGACCUUGAGAGUCUUUUUCUGAAGGUCAUUGAUACCCUUCCGCCUGAACAUUUCCGACGCGCAUCUCAACUAUUCAGGAUCAUCCAAACGUCCAUCGGACCCUUGAAACUCCUUCCACUGUCAUUCGCCGACGAGGAGGACCCUGAAUUCGCCAUGAGAGCGCCAUACGCCCCCCUCACCAAAUCUCAAAUUCAUUUUCGUUGCGAAUUUAUGCGACGGCGUUUGACUGCGAAUUGUCGAGGCUUACUAGAGGCUCAUUACCAGAAGGGACCUUACGAGUUGCAACAAGUUUAUGUGACUUUUCUACACCGAACCGUCCGAGACUUCUUAGACCAGCCGGAAAUCGUGAGAAGAAUGCAAGACGCCGCAGGAAGUGCAUUUAAUCCGAAUCUCCGAUUGUGUAACGCAUACAUAAUGAAGCUCAAAACAAUGGCUCCAGAAAGCAUGUACCUGUCAGUAUUUUGGGAUGCAGUAACAAAUGCGACGGAAUAUGCAAGUAGAAGCGACCCUCAAGGCUUAUCAUGGCAGCCUCGUCUUCUUAAUGAGAUCGACUCUAUCGCCUCUGUGGUAUCUACCAUACCUUGUUCCGGGCAUCUAAGUCUGACACAAUUGUAUGGGGGACGUCACAAUUUAGCAGCACACUGGAUUCAUACAAAUGAACGGUUGAAACUCGUCCCACGAUUCGCAAGACCCUUUCUAGCGUUCGCUGUGAAGUGCCAGUUGGUAGAAUACGUCCGCUCAGCCCUUACC